GCUGAGGAAAAAAGAAUCAGGAGAACUUGUCAAGUAUUUCUGCAUUUCUUUUCUGGUGCUGUGUAUUUGGGCCUGUUUUUGCAUUGUCUCUUUUAGGAUCCUGAUCAUGACAAUGAGAAUAGCAAAUCACAAGUCACUGUUGAUAUUGGUGUUUAUCUUAGCCUCUUGGAUCACUUUUGCAGUUAUCCAAAACUCCACGAAGUUACGGACUGUGCUCAAGUUGCCCUUUUCCCUCCAUCACUGGAAUUUCGUUAUGAAAACACAUCCUGAACCAGCACUGAAUCCAGCAGUUUCACCAGCAGAGACUGAGCUGAGGAUAAAGAGCAUCAUGGAGAAACUAGACCAGCUGAUCCCACCCAGACCCUUCACCAACGUGAGAUCCACCACCAGCGCCACGCACAGCAGAGCCACCCUCCUCAGUCCUCGAGACACAUACUGCAGGGGGGACCAGCUGGACGUCCUGCUGGAGGUGAGGGACCACCUGGGACGCAGGAAGGAAUAUGGUGGGGACUUCCUCAGGGCCAGGAUGUCCUCCCCAGCCCUGAAAGCGGGUGCUUCUGGAAAGGUGACAGACUUCAACAAUGGCACCUACCUUGUGAGCUUCACCCUGUUCUGGGAGGGCCAGGUGUCCCUGUCUGUCCUGCUCAUCCACCCCAGUGAAGGGGUGUCGGCUCUCUGGAGGGCCAGGAACCAAGGCUACGACAGGGUGAUCUUCACAGGCCAGUUUAACAGAGGCACCUCCCAAGUCAGUACUGACUGUGCCCUGGUUUUAAAUUCAAGUGCUGAACUGUGUGAAUACCUGGACACCCGAGACCGAGAAGCUUUCUACUGCUUGAAGCCUCCAAACGUUCCCUGUGCUGCACUCACCCACAUGCACUCCAAAAAUAAGGACGUGUCUUAUCUUAGCAAACAAGAAAGAAGUCUUUUUGAAAGGUCAAAUGUGGGUGUAGAGAUGAUAGCAAAGUUCGAUGCCAUUACUGUCUCCAAAUGUAACUCAGAAAAGACAGUUCCAGUGAAAAGGCAAUGCAAGUUUGGAAUGGCAUCCACAAUUCCCAGUGGACAUGUCUGGAAAGACACGUGGAAUCCUGUCUCCUGUAGUCUGGCUGCAAUUGAAAUGAAAGAAUGCCUGAGAGGAAAAUUCAUUUAUCUAUUGGGAGAUUCCACGAUCCGCCAGUGGAUGGAAUACUUCAAAAGCAGGAUCAACACCCUGAAGUCAGUGGAUCUGCACGAAUCUGGAAAAUUUCAAAAGCAACUUGCUGUGGACUUGAACAAGAAUAUCAAUAUCCAGUGGCAAAAACAUGGUUAUCCCUUGAUUGGAUCAUUGACCUAUUCAGUCAAAGAGAUUGAGUACCUCGCCCGGGUUAUUGACAGAAUUGGAGGAGAAAGAAAUACUAUCAUUGUUAUUUCUCUGGGCCAACACUUCAGACCCUUUCCCAUUGACGUUUUUAUCCGAAGGGCCCUCAACAUCCAUGAUGCACUUCAACGCCUUCUUCUGAGAAGCCCAGACACUGUGGUUAUCAUCAAGGAAGAGAACAUCAGGGAGAUGAACGCUGAUGUGGAGAGAUUUAGUGACUUUCACGGUUAUAUCCAGUAUCUUGCCUUGAAGGAUAUUUUCCAGGAUCUCAAUGUGGGCAUUAUUGAUGCUUGGGAUAUCACAAUUGCAUAUGGCACAAAUAACGUCCACCCGCCCCAGUCUGUAGUCAGAAAUCAGAUUAAUAUACUGUUAAACUUUAUUUGCUAGAUAACACAUAUCUCUGAAAUUUAUUCAGUUAAUUAAAAACGUCUAUUAAGUGUUUGCUAUCAUGCCAGAUGCUGUUGGCUCUGAACUCUCAAUUAGCAAGAGAAAACCUGCACUAUGGCUGAUUUAUUAACCGGCAAUUCAGCCAAAUCUGUUAUUUCUCAUUUGGGCUUCUACUUACAAAUAAACACAAAAACACUUACGAAAAGGAGCUACCCUUCUUGAUCAGAGUCAGACCACUUUUCACAAACAGGAAGUCAAGACGCCUAACGGUUAAAAGCUCUCUCUGAUUAAUGGAAAUUCACAGCAAUAAAGUCAUUAUAAGAUAAAUAUUUGGAGAAAGCAGUCUCAUUUCCUCAUCCCUCAUAGCUCAGUUGGUAAAGAAUCUGUCUGCAGUGCAGGAGACCAAGGUUCAAUCCCUGGGGCGGGAAGAUGCCUUGGAGAAGGAAAUGGCAACCCACUCCAGUAUCCUUGCCUGGAGAACCCCAUGGGCAGAGGAGCCUGGCAGGUGACAGUCCAUGGGGUCACAAGAGUUGGACACGACUUAGCGACUAAACCACCACCACCACCAAAACAAGUUCAAGAUGAUUUCCAGGACUUCCUUGGCAGUCCAGUGGUUAAGACUCUGCAUUUCCAAUGCAGGGGACAUGGGUUCAGUUCCUGGUUGGGGAACUAAGAUCCCACAAGCUGUGGGGCAUGGCAAAAAAAAAAAAAAAA